AUGCCUCACCAUCACCACCUCCACGCCCGUAGGCAUAUCGCGCCUCGCAACCCCGAUUUCUGGAGCAAUGUUGGCGACAAAUUCAAGGAUCUGAAUCCCUUUGCCUCCAAUGACGAGGCCACGACAAGCAAUGGAGGUAAUCUCAAAAUCAGACAGGACGACGAUGAUGAUGAUGUCACGACCACACGGCGCGCUAAUACGAAGAAAGGCCGCUCGACCGUUAUCAAGACCAUCUACCAGACCGUCACUGGUGAUGAUGCCGUCGCCGCCCCCACGAGCACCACCUCAACCAAGCUGAUUGUCGCUCAAUCACCCCUCCCAACGAGGUCGAAAUCUACCACAGUUGACUCCACCGAAACCACCAUUGCCAGGGCCGGCGCCCCCAUCGUUAAGACUGCCGACAGCUCAUCCACCACCAUCGAUGCUGCGUCUACCUCGUCGCUGCCCACCGUCAUCGAGGAUCCCUUGACCGAGAGCAUCCAGACCACGCUCGCUAUUGCCACAGACGCGCCCACGUUCGCAAAGACCACCAAGACUGCCGCCACUGCAGACAAUGCUAGCAUCAUCUCCAGCGCUUCCCCUAGCGCAACGUCAACCACGGACAAGUCGACCAGCAACGAGACCAGCGGAGCCGCGAAGGCUGGCAUUGCUAUUGGUGUUUUGGCCGGUGUUCUCGUCGUGUUUUUGCUCGUCUUCUUCCUCUUCAACCGUCGCAAGAAGCAGAUGGAGCAGCAGCGUCUGGCCGACGAGGAUGAGAAGACGCAUGGAUUUGGAGCCGCCGCCGCUGCCGCUGGUAGCCAGAACCCCCGCGCUCCUCGUAUCAGCCUGCGCCCCGUUACCCAGUUCUUGCCCAACUUGAACCUCGACAAGCGCGCCAGCAGAGGACCUGCCGGAGGACCUGCCGUCAACAUGAACGCCAACCUGGCACCCGCUGCCGCUGCUUUGGGUCUUCGCAACCCUGGCCAAGGCGCCUGGGACAGACCCGCAACGAACCAGAGCUCGAACCCCGCGAACCCCUUUGGUGCUCAAGCCGAGAGAAUCAACGGUCCCAUCGCCGAGGAGUCCGUCAGCUCCACAAGCCUCAACGAGAAGCCUCUUCCCAACGUCGGCGAGCCUGCUCCGGGCACUGCCGUGAGUGAUAUCCCCGCCAACGCCGCCCCCAACGGUGCGUCUGUUGCUGCAGGUGCUGCAGGUGCUGCGGCAGUUGGUGCUGGAGCUGUCGCCGCUGGGGGUUUGGCUCGCAAGGCGUCGACCCGCAAGGACGGUCCCAAGGCACUGGACCUGACUCUGCCCGCGCCUCCUGCACCCUUGUCUACCAUCCCUGCUUCUCCCUCUGGAACCACGUUCAGCGCCGACUCUGCCGGCCCUGGUCACCAAUCUAACGGAUCCACUGGCUCUGCUGCCAUUGCUGCCGCUGGAGGUCCCGCCAACACCACUGUUCACCGUGUGCAGCUUGACUUCAAGCCCACUCUUGAGGAUGAGAUGGAGCUGAGAGCUGGCCAGCUUGUGCGCCUCCUCCAUGAGUACGAUGAUGGCUGGGCGCUCUGCAUUCGCUUGGAUAGAUCCCAGCAGGGUGUUGUACCGCGCACCUGCCUCUCCACUCGCCCGGUUAAGCCUAGACCUCCUCAAGCCCAGGGACCUAAUCAAGGACCUCCUCGUGGUCCUCACAUGGGCCCUGGUGCUCCCCGCGGUCCCGGUCCGAACUUCUCUCCUGGCCAGCGCCCCAUGAACCCUCAGGGCGGUCCGCCGUACCCCCGCCCCGAGUCGCCCGCAGUUCGUCCCAUGAACGGUGGUGGCCGACCUCAGUCCCCCGCCGGCAAUGGACCUAUGGGCCCCGGAGGCCGACCUCAAUCCCCCGGUCCUCGCUACCAGGGUCCUCCGGGACAGCGACCGCAAAGCCCCAACGGAAUGGGAGGUCGCAAGCCAAGCCCCCCGGGACCUACCAGAAUUCCUCAGCCCAGCCGAAUGAACCCUAAUGGUCCCCCCAACGGUCCCAUGAACGGCCCCAUGAAUGGACCGAUGAACGGACCCCCAGUCCAGGGCCGCCCAGGCCCACCGAUGGGACCUGUCGGUCGCAAGCCCGUCCCCGGACAGGCUGUGUAA